UGAGAGAGACCGAGAGAUAAAUAAUCAAAUGUCUUAAAUGAUUUGAACAGAAGCAAUAAACCUUGGCGGCGUUUGCAGCAGUUUCUUAAAUUUCCUUACCAUCAUUACUCUCUCAUCCGCUCCCAGUUUCACUGCUCCUUUCAAAUACCUAACACAUCUUCAAGUCUAGAAAUUAAUGAGCUAGGGAGCAAAAGAAAAAGAAGAAGGUAAACUCGAAUCCCCAAAAAUAAUUUAUUUCACAAACCCCUAACAUAGUCUCAAAUAUUCUCUCUCUUUUUCUCUCUCUCUUUUCCGUGGCGUGUGUUUGUGAUUGGAAGUAGAAGAAAUGGCUGGAUUGUUCUAUCUAGGAGGUAGAGAAAACAACAAACAAGAUCAUCAUCAUCAAGACAAGGAUCAUAAUGAAGACAGGAGCAACAAUUAUCUUCAUCUAUAUAAAGACGAGAUCUACAACAACAACAAGGGUUUUGAGAUCUGGCCACCUCAAUAUUUUCAGCAACAACAAGAACAACAAAACCACGUCGCUCCUCCUACAAAUUUCUACUCUUUUGGUAUGGUUCCAAGUGGUAGCAGCCAUAACAAUAACCGGAGUAGUAAUCGGAGUUUGUAUUUCAACGUCGUCUCCGACCAUGAGCCGGUGAGAUCCUCCACGGGAAGGUUUACGGUAACCAGGCAAGGAAGCAUGAAUUGCCAAGACUGUGGGAAUCAAGCCAAGAAAGAUUGUCCUCAUAUGAGAUGCCGUACUUGUUGCAAGAGCCGAGGGUUUGAUUGUCAAACCCACGUGAAGAGUACGUGGGUCCCUGCUGCUAAACGCCGUGAGAGACAGGCUCAGUUAGCUGGUUUGCCAACUAAGCGGAGCAGAGAGGCUAGCUCUGGCGGUGGUGAUGAUGAUGAUGAGAGAGAGGGCGAUGAAAAUGGAGCUCAAGGCGGUGGUGGUGGAUCAGCUCUUGCUUGCAUCCGUGUAGUCAAUGCUAGCUCUUCAGGGUUUGAGAGUAGUCACUUACCACCGGAGUUAAGUUUACCCGCGGUUUUCCGGUGUAUGAGAGUCAGCUCAAUUGAUGAUGAAGACGAAGAGUAUGCAUAUCAAACGGCUGUGAACAUCGGAGGUCACGUGUUCAAAGGCAUUCUCUACGACCAAGGUCCGUCAGAUGAUCACCGUUACAGCUCAAGCCCUGCCGCCAUAGCCGCAGAAACCUCUCAACACCAUCUUAAUCUCUUGGCCUCAGCCUCUUCAGUCGCCACUACAACCGGCGUGACAGCGAGCAAUAUUAAUAACGCAUCAAUUGACCCUUCUUCGGUUUACACUGCAGCACCGAUCAACUCUUUUGUCACGGCCGCUACAUCCUUCUUUGCAUCUCCUAGGUCUUAAGAUUUAAAUGUUAUGUUUUUAAAACGUUUGUUAUUACUCUUAUAAUUAUCAGAGGACUACCAGUACCAAAAAUUAUUAUUUCGAUAGUUUUGUUGUUGUCGGACAAUGCGGUAACUUUCGUACCUAGCUAGGGUUUGCGAGAGUACUGAUUAACAUGCACAUCGUACGUUUUCUAGAGAUAAAUGAUCGAUUAUUAUAUAUUUUCUUCUGAGAAA